AUGGCGGCCCGUCCGCUUGUAACUGUGUACGAUGAAAAGUACGAGGCUACUCAAGCUCAAAUCAAAUUGCCUGCGGUUUUUCGCGCUCCUAUCAGGCCGGAUGUUGUCAGCUUCAUUCACGAUCAAGUUCUCAAGAACAAACGACAAGCUCACGCUGUCUCGACUAAAGCAGGUAAUUUUUUUAAUACGAUAUUUUCUCAUUUUGAUGCAUUGUGCAUAGGUAAAACUGAAAAGUUCCUUUGAGGAUCCUUAAAAGAUCCUGAGAGGGAGAUAAAAAGCUUCCUCUAAAAGCUCCUAAAAUGAUAUAAAAAAGCUUUUGAGCACCUUUUUCAUAGCCUCAGAGGAUCCUCUUUGAAUCCUCUCGGAUCUUUUUAGUUGCUUUCCAGCAUCCUUUUUGUCAGAGGAUGUGAAAAAGAUGCAAAAAAGAAUUGAAAUGAUGUGAAAAAGAUCUGCUGGGGACCCUUUCAAGGUCUUUUUUUGAGAAAAGCUUUUGGGGAGCUUUUCAGUUUUGCCCGAGUGUGUUUAUUCUUUAUGCCCCAUUCAGAAUUGAUUUGAAGAGCGCUGCGAAACAGUUUUUCUGGUUGAAAUUUUUGCUCAUAGGGAUUCAGAAAAGUUCAAAAUAGCCGAAUUUUCAAUUCUGAUUUUAGUUCAAAUGAGGGUUUUUGAAUAUUGCGUUCAAGAAUAACUAUAUAUUUAUAUCUACUCUAAUGAUUUUAAAAAAAAACUAUGUUCAAGGUAUGCAACACUCCGCGGAGUCUUGGGGUACUGGUCGCGCUGUGGCUCGUAUUCCACGUGUUCGUGGCGGCGGUACUCACCGCUCUGGUCAGGGAGCUUUUGGAAACAUGUGUCGUGGAGGACAUAUGUUCGCUCCUUUGAAGGUGUGGAGACGCUGGCACCGCCGUGUUAAUAUCGCUCAAAAACGAUAUGCCGUUACUUCUGCCAUCGCUGCUUCCGGCGUUCCUGCUCUUGUCCAAGCUCGCGGGCAUGUUAUUGACAAGGCCAGUUCCGUUUUUUUUUUAAAUUUUUCAAACAAUUACAGCAUUAUCAAUGUAUAAAUAACAAACAGGCUUUUCACGAAAAUCUGAAUGGAACAAAAUGAUUUGAAAAGGAUUUCGCGAAGAUUCUAGCCUUCAUAUAGAUAAAAGGAUGACUAAAUUUGGAAAGCCAUGCCAUGUUCCGAGUAAUUUCAGCGAUUUUUAAAAUUGACGCUUUAUUCGUUCAAAAUCAUUUUUGGGAAAGGCAGAAUUAAGGUUCUAGGAGCCUUAAGAAAUAAACGGGUCCUACACGAUAUAUCACAGUAUGUGAAUUCUUACGUGUGGUUUUAAAAUUUUCAAUAGACAAUGCCCAAAAUUUUUAAAACUUUGAGUUCGUUCGUAAAAGUUAAAAUAAAUUUUCAUAUAUUGCGGUAUAUCGUUGUAGGACUUUUUUUUACGCCCUCCCGAAAUUACAGUUUCGACUGGUUCCCGAACAGCGAUGAACGCGUCACUUUUAAAAGCCCCAAACUUACUAUGAAAAACAACACGGCAUCUGAAAAUUUCGGAUUUGUUUGGGGAUUUUCUACUAGAAUUUCCAAUUCGCGCGUAAAACUUACUGUGAAAAAUCAUUCAGCGAUAUAUCGCUGUAGGAAUUAUUUUUCUGCCCCUUCACGGAAUUCCGAUUCUGUUUAUUCCCCGAAAUCAUUCUAAAGGCAUAACUCUUCAAUUUUGAAAUCGCCAAAAAUUACUUCGAACACGGCAAUCGAUUUAAUUAAUAAUAUGUUUCUUAAGUACUUUAUUUCGCGUACGAAAAUGUCAUUUUUUGCGAAUAGUUGUAGUUUUUUCAGGUUGCCGAAGUUCCCUUCGUGGUGAGCGAUAAAGUUGAAUCAUUCCGCAAGACCAAGGAAGCUGUCACCUUUUUGCGUCGUUCCCAUCUGUGGGAGGAUAUCGAGAAGGUUCGGUCUUGUUUAAAAUUGAAGUUCAUUGAUAUUGGAGUGUUCAUCGAACAAAACGAAAAUGGUUCCAAAAAAAAAAUGCGCCAUUACAAAAUAGAAAAAAAAAACAUAACUUUGGUUUGCCUAACACUUCCUCAGAAGUCGAACUAACCUAUGGUUUCAAAAUUUUCAUCAUUUUUUCUUUAUUAAAGGCUGACGCCGAAACAAGCAUGCAUGUGCAAGGCGGCCGGUCGUAUUACGGUAAUCAAGCUAGGUUUUUGGGUUAUAAAGGGAAAACUUAGGUACUCUGUGUGACGUAACUUGUCUUGUAACCUCGAGAAAUAGGUCCUGAACGAAUCGCGAAGAGAAAAGUUCGAAAAAUUUCCUGGCUUCGAAACUGACGGCGCAAUUCAAUGCGUUAUAACAGUAAGAAGGGUGAGAAGUUAAUGUGAAAAAUGCAAUGUUGUGAUAAGGUUUUUUUCAAUAAAAUUUCUUCGAAGUUUGUGAGUGGAAAUAAAUUUAUAAAUAAAGAUAUUAAUAUAUAUAUAUUGACCGGCCGCCGUAGCACUGUCUCAAACAUGCGUGCAGAAGAUGAACAUUUUUUGUAAAGUUUCAAGUUUUUUCUAAUGGGCAAAUUCGAUUUAUCAAAAACCUUUUUGCCUUUCGUUAUUGACGCGUUCAAAGCUAGUUUGACGAGCGCAGUGCAACAUUUUUUCUGAUCCAAAUGUUCGAGCCGAAGCGCAGCGGCUUUCCGCUGCGUGAUUGGAUGGCUGCGCGUUUCUGGCAUAUGACCGAGAGCAACUUUUUUUUUUCAAGAUUUUAUCGAAAAACUGUUUUGCCACGCGCGUGAAAUUAGCUUUGAACGCGACAUAAACGAGAAUAACUUUUACAACGCGCGUCAAAUAAGUUUUAAACGCGGCAUAUGAUAUUUCGAGUCUCAAAGUGAAUACCAAGAGAGAACCGUUUAGAUCUCCCUGGGGGCUCGUGAAAUUCUUCUAUUACGAAACGUUCUUAAAGGCUGAUAUCAAAUUCAUAGUUAAAACAGAAAAGCAUCCUUUGAGGAUGCUCGAAGGAUCCUAAGAGAAAGCUUUUGACCUAUUUUUUUCAUAGCCAAAUCUGUUCAGCCCGUCAGAUCAGGCACACUGUAUGUUAAAAUUGUGCGUACACCAAUAGCGGUUUUCGCGCGAUUUCUUCGUUAAUAACGAGUUUUUUUGUACGAAAAAAUGAACAAAUUCGAAUAAAAACAAUUAGAACUUUCAAUGAUACAGCUUUAAUAAUUAAGAUUUUUGCAAACUCUACCAAGCCUUGAAAAAAGGCCUAAUUUGGGGAGUGCGUGUUUAGUCAGUGAAAAGAAUUUUUUAACUGUAAUUUUUUAUUUAUUAUUGUCGAAAAUAGCCUUUUUAAUUUUAAUAAACAGAAAAAAUGGUUCAUUAUGGCCAGCGGAGUGAAAACCGGACGGGUCCCUGUAGGUCUGAACUGGUGUGUAGACUCAGCGAAAACUUUUUUGAAUCUACUUAAAUCUUUUUUUAGUUGCUCUCCGGCAUCUUUUUUUAAGGAUGUGAAAAAGAUGCGAAAAUGAAAUAAAAUAAGAUGAAAAAAAAAUCUGAUGUGAACCCUUUCAAGGUCUUUCUUUGAGAAAAGCUUUUGAGGAGCUUUUCCGUUUUGCCCGAGUUACCCAUAUAAAUAUAUAUGAUUGGACGGCUCUGCCUUUUUUUGGCAAAUGUCCAAUAUAAAUUUAUCUAUGCUAUGUGCUCGUUUCUACGUAUUAGGAUAUAAUAAAUAUUUUACUUCAACAACUACGUUUUUCUAGCAAAAAUAUAACAAUAUAAAUUUAUUUUUCAAAAUAUUUUUCUCGCCAGGUAGGCGGGGCCAACCAACCAAGCUGUAAGAACCUGCUGCAAUUCCGCUCGGGCUUUUGAACCAGAAAAACUUUUGCUACGAGCGUCAAAUGAGCUUUGAACGCAGCAUAAAAUUAGAAUCAUCUGAGCUCCUAAAAAUGUGUUCCCUUUUCAAAAGAAAAAACCAAAUAUCAGCUUUGGAUUGUGUGAGAAUUGUUAGUAAACUUCAACCAAAGUAUAUCAUAUGAAUUAGAAAUUUUUAAGGUCUACAACUCCAAACGCACUCGGGCUGGAAAAGGAAAGAUGCGCAAUCGCCAGCACAAACAAAAGUUGGGACCACUCGUCAUCUAUGGACAAGAUGCUGAAUGCGCUCGUGCUUUCCGCAACAUUCCUGGAGUUGACGUCCUGAACGUGGAACGCUUGAACAUUCUGAAGCUUGCUCCGGGAGGUCAUUUGGGUCGUCUUAUCAUCUGGACCGAAUCUGCUUUUAAUAAGCUGGAUGCCAUCUACGGAACCCAGGUUGCCAACUCGUCUGAAUUGAAGAAGGGAUGGUCUGUGCCGCUCGCCAAGAUGCAGAAUGCUGACUUUGCUCGCAUCAUCCGCUCCGAAGAAGUCGUGAAGGCCAUCCGCGCGCCGAAGAAAAACCUUGUCUCAGCAAAGGUCCACCGCAACCCUCUUAAGAAAAGACAACUCUUGCACAAGUUGAACCCUUAUGCCACCGCAUUGCGACAGGCUGCAAGAAAGGCCGGAAAGGCUUGA